UUCUCCACCAGUCAUUAGCAACAAAAGAAAAUACCAUAGUAACUACUGAGAGCGUGAGGGCGAUCGCAAUGGCGAGGCGUGUGGGAGUCGUGCUGGCUUUAGCGGCUGUCGUCCUUCUCGCCGCCGCGGAGGCCGCCACCGCGCAAUCCUCGGCACGGCCACCCAAAGCCCAGGGCCCGAAGCCGAAGCCGAAGCCAACGACGGUCAAGUGCACUCAGAGCCGCAAGGAGAACCCCUACUGCUUCAACCGGAACAUGGACUGCCCCGCCAACUGCCCCCAGUCCUGCUACCCAGACUGCAACACAUGCAAACCCGUCUGCGUGUGCAACACCCCAGGGGCGUGCGGCGACCCGCGGUUCAUUGGUGGUGACGGCAACGCCUUCUACUUCCACGGACGCAGCGAUGCCGACUUCUGCGUCGUCUCCGACCGUGACCUUCACAUCAACGCGCAUUUCAUCGGCAAGAGCGGCCACAGCGGCAUGUCCCGGGACUUCACCUGGAUCCAGGCCAUCGCCGUCCUCUUCGACGGCCACCGCCUCUACCUCGGCGCCAGGAAGACCGGCACCUGGGACGACGCCGUGGAGCACCUAGACAUCACCUUGGACGGUGAACCAGUCUACCUUCCCGCCGACCUCGUCGAUGGUGCCAAGUGGACGUCCAGCCGCGUACCCGAGCUGUCUGUCACCCGCACCAAGGCGGCCAACGGCGUGCUGGUCGCCGUUGACAGAAAGUUCAGCAUCAGGGCCAACGCCGUGCCCAUCACCGAGGAGGAAUCGAGGGUGCACCGCUACGGCGUCACUGACGAUGACUGCCUAGCGCACCUCGAGCUGGCCUUCAAGUUUAACGCGCUCACCGACGACGUCCACGGUGUGGUCGGACAGACCUACCGCUCCGACUACGUCAACCAUUUUGACGUGAGGGCCUCCAUGCCCACCAUGGGUGGAGAUGCCACCUUCACCACCUCCAGCAUUUUCGCCGCGGACUGCAGCGUGGCGCGCUAUGGGGUCAGCCGUGGAAACGACGGUGCCGCGGUGCUAUCUGAGCUCGCUGGUGUCACCUGCGCCAGUGGCAUGGACGGCAAAGGUGUUGUGUGCAAGAAGUAAAACGCUUCCUGCAUGCAUAUGGCGAGUGUUGUACUGGCCGUACGCGUGUGCAUGUCUACAUUCUCCAUUCAUGGUUGCCAAGUGGAGUACACACAGAAAUAAGCAAAGGAAUAAACUCAUGUAUUUGAAACUUGUAACUUUAUAUCAAGAAAUAUAAUGUCCAAUUUGCAUUA